AUGGAACAACUUGUGGUGUCCUUUUUUGUUCUGCCUGACUAUAGGCCUCCUAUUGCUGCAUGUGCUAUGAAUGAGAUUUUAGCAUUGAUUUCUUUUGAAGCUCCCUCCAUCAAGCCAAUUAUGAUUGUACCAUUCAGCACAAGACCAUCAGGCUGCUUCCAUGGAAUGGUUAAUGCAACAAAAACUGGGCAGUUAACUACACUUCAUGCUGCUGAAAUAGGGGCAUCAAAUGAGUUUACUCACUUGUUGGUUGACGGAAUUAUUAAACCUCCCCCAUCUUUGCAAAUACGCAGUGAACCAAUACAAUGUUUGCUGGAAAUGGUGUGGGUAUUGAAGAUACCCUUUGUUCUUCUUGUCACAUCAGGUGGGCAACACCAAGGUAAAAGUUCUUCAGACUCCGACCUUGAGGUGCUGCAGUAUGUGGGAGAUCACGUAGCCAAGCACAUCAACUUGGAGUUCUCCAAAGAAACUGUCAUUGAGACAGGGGUUGAGAAAUCCGCAAGCAUUCGAGAACCCUGGCGCGAACUGUAUCUGUGACGAUUCUAAAACAUAUCGUUUUGUGCCCUUAUAAAUAGACCAUCUUAACAUUUUAGAUUCGGAAGUACUUUUUUUCUCCUUUUGCGGGUGGAACGUAUUCUGUUCACGGUGUGCUAGUGAUGAAUUGUGUGAUUUGUGCAAGGGGCUUGUAACACGAGCCACACUUUGUUUUCCUUUACAUCCAACUUGUUAAGAAGUGCAAUGUCGCAUGUAUGUGCUUCGUGA